AUGAGAGACGAGGCCGAGGCGCCAGGAGAAGACAUCUUGCUGCUUCGCGCAGGCGACGCAGCCGCGACAAAUUCCGCUGGGAGAAGACGCGCGUGCUCGAGCGGAGAGGCGACCAGUGGCGAGAAAAAGACGCUCCGGACGCCGCUGCUCCAAGCCCUCGAGCCUCUCCGGCAGCUCCCCGAUUUCCUCGACCCGAGCCUCUUUGCUGCUCGAAUCUUCUGUCGAAACCCCCCGAGGGACACAGGAGAGGACGGAGACAGUGACGAGAACGGAGACAGUGGAGAGAACGGAGACAGGGGAGACACGAGCAGGCGCGGGUCGCUCUCGGGGAGGAUUGCGAAGCGACGGAAAGUCUCGCGGCCAGGCGCGUCAGCCCCGCAGCGUGCAGAGGCUGAAGCAGACGCGAGCAAGGGUUGGUGUGAAGGCGAGUCGCGUCGAGGAAAAAGGGAAAGAGGAGAAGAGGGAGAAGAAAAAGAAGAGCGAGACGGAGAGGAAGGUGGGGAAGAACAAGAAGAGGGAGAAGGAAAAGAAGAGAGAGAACAAAAAGGAGAGCAAGAAGGAGAGGACGACGACGGAGGGCGAUUAUGUGGGGUGGCAGGCGCCCGCAAGGUUUCGGUCUCUGUUCGAAGCAAAGCUAUUGAAGCUCUGCAUGCGCUGCUCUCCGCGGAAACCGCGUCACUUCUUUGCAGCUUCUGCGCCUCCGCGGCUGCGUCUUCUUCCUCUUCUCCAGCGUUUUCGUCUUUAGAACAGAGAGACAGAGAGGAGAGAGAGGGAGACGAGGGAGAAAGAGUAGAGGGAGAGAGAGAAGGAGAGAGGGAAGAGGUAGAGAAGAGAGACAGUCGUCGAGGAGUGUCCAGUGAGAGAUUUGAGGGCGACUUCCUGGAUGAGGAGCAGUGGCGUUUGGUGCUCGAGUCGGAGACAGGCGAAGGCAAGGCCCUCGGCGCGGCGGAAAGACACUGCGAGCACGAAUGUCGGCAGCAGCUGCUUCGCGGCCUUCUUCGAACCGAAGCAAUCCCAGUGGUGUUGAGGCGGCAUCGGAGCACGUCCCUCGCUGCGUCUGGCGAUGCGUGGCGAGGGUCGCGCGGCAAAUCGCGAGGAGAAAAGCUUGGCCCGAAGAGAAAUUCGAGUCAAAGAAGCCACGAAGUAGAUCCCGAAGACGAGGCGACAUCGUACUUUCUCUGCUCCGUUGAACCUCUUGAAAGCGCCGUUCCGGCUUCUCUUCCUCCUCACCCUCCCGCUCAUUCUUCUUCCUCCUUCGGUUCGCGGCAGGUGAUUCCUCCUCGCUGUGGCGGCGAAGAGAGACGCUUUUGCUCGCGAGGCCAAGCGCAGCCGUGGAGGGACUGCUUCCUCAACGCGGGCAGCAGUGUAUGGACACUCGCCGUCUCGGAGGAGCUUCCGGGAUCUUGGAAGCCCCAAAGACGUGAGGGUGCGCCUGAGGAGAGAGGACAAGGCGGAGAACAAGAGAGAGACCAAGAGAGAGACCAAGAGGGAGAACAAGGCGGAGAACAAGAGAGAGACCAAGAGGGAGAACAAGGCGGAGAACAAGAGAGAGAACAAGGGGGAGAACAAGAGGGAGAACAAGAGAGAGACCAAGAGGGAGAACAAGGCGGAGAACAAGAGGGAGAACAAGAGGGAGAACAAGGCGGAGGACAAGAGAGAGAACAAGGGGGAGAGCAAGAAGAGGGAGAAGGGUUUGUGGUGUUGGCAGUGGGGGUGCAUGGCCGCCAGGCAUUGUUGUCGUGUUUGAAAGGUUUACGCGUGGACGAGGGGGGAACAGAAAGACAGCUUUCUUCGAAGGAUGUCUCUGCCUGUGGGAAGGUGAAUCGAGACUCGCCGGCGCGGUGCGUCGAGCGGGACACCCUGGGCAGUCCUGAGGGACAAUCGGCAGGUUUUGUUCCUCCUGGGCACGGCUUUUUGACAGACCGAGGCCUUUCCGAGAGCGUUCGACGGCACACAGCCGAGCAGAAGGCAAACUGCAUGCAGGCGCAUCCAGAAGAGAGAUCGUGUUCUGAAGUCGACAAGAAUCUCGGCCUGAUUCAGUUGUGGCGCAUCUCAAGCGCCCCCGGCAGACGCCCGCGAUUUGUCAUGGGCAUUCUGCACUCGGGCGGUUCCUGUCGGUCACUGGAGUGGAUUUCUGCGUCGUCUCUCGAUCGGCGCCCAACUGUCUCUGCCGCGCGAGUUGCGUCUUCGCUUGCCGAUGAGAGCGAAGCGAAACGCGCGCAGGCGGGUGCGGCGCGCCAGGAUCCGAAACGAGGCCAGGGUGGAGGGGAACGAAAAGAGAAAGAAAGAGAGACGAGAGUUUUCUGUGGGCGAAACCCGCGCAGGCAGAACGCCCUCUUCGCCUCCCGCGCGGGCCUCCUCGCAGCCACCUUCGCCGACGAUUCACUCCGAAUCUGGUCCGUUCCACUUGCUCCGUUUCUCGAGGAUUCAGAAGAAGAAGAAGGCGAAGAAGAAAGAGAAGAAGUGGAAGAAGGAGAAGGCGAAGAAGAACCAAGCAGCGAAAGCGAUGACAUAGAUCAAAUGCGACCGCAGCGCGAUGGCCGGAAGCCUCGCCGUUUCCCUUUGCGGGGGACCAGGGACCGCUGUAGCGGAUGCCUGGAGACUCCUUUUUCCCGAGGCGCCGCAAGAUGCAUCUUUCUGCCGCCCGUUUGGACCUUCCGUCACGCGGCCUCCCCGCGACCUCUCUCUUCUCCUUUCUUUUGCGUUGCGGCGGCUCCUCCGCCUCUGCCUUCCGACGUUUCGUCUCCGUCUCUCUCAGGUCCAUCUUUCGGGCUGCCUUACGAUGCAGCACCUCUCCAGCUUGCAGUCGGAAGCGACGGCGGCCGUCUCUUUCUCUUCUCGUUCUUCCCCUCAGAGGACGCGCUGCUGCCAGGGGGAUCCUCCAGCACAUCAAGCAUCGUCUCAGCCCCCUCUUCUUCCUCGUCUUCGUCUCCCCAUUCUUCGUCUUCCUCUUCGUCUUUUUCUUCUCCCUCUUCUUCCACAGCCUCUUUUUCUUCUCGAGUUUGUCCUUCGUCCCGUCGGCGUGGGCGUUCACAUGUGUCUCUGUCUCGCCACGUGGCCCCGCGCUGCGUGUGGUCGGCUGUCUCGGCAGCUGGGGCCUCUGCACAUCUGCGCUGUUGCGCGUUUCUGCCUUCCGCCGACUCGAGUCUGCUCGCGGUCUCGGCGGCUUCCGGCGGAGACGACAGCAGCAGCAACAACAGCGUCUUGUUCCUGGACCUGCGGUUCGUCGCUCCGGGCGUCGCCCUCGGCGGCGCAGAGGCGGCGCCUGCGCUCCUCCCGCCAAUUGAAGGGAAGAGCGGGUGCGUCAGCAGUCGAGAGAUUUUCGACGUCGCCUGGGGUCCGCUUGGAAGAUACGCGACCGCCGCCGCCACGAACGCGGUUAUCAUCAAUCUGCGCCGCCCGCAGGUGACGCAGCUUGCUCUGAAACAAGUUCUUUCUCUCGUGCCGGCGUCUUGCCGAGCGUCGGCUCGGGCGCCGCGCAACAGCCAGGCGGGCGCGAAGGCCAGUGGAGUCGCGGGGGGCCGCCAGGCUCCGAAAAACCCCAAAGAAAGCUCGCCGCGAGAGAUCGCGCAGACUGCGCAGGAGACAGGCGAUCGCUGCUGCUGGAGCACGAGCAUGUGCGGCCAUUUAGGCCUCUUCGUAUUUGACGACGGCAGUUUUGUUUCCGGAAGCUUGAGUUUGCUGGAGCAACGCGUGUUCGAGUCGGCCGAACUCGUGCGGUGGACGUUCCCUGGCCUGCACGAGCGGCGUCUGGUGUCUGUACACCGCAGCUGGCCGUCUCGUCAGCUGGAUGCUCUGCCCUCCCCUGUUUCUUCUCCGGUCUCUAGGGACGUUUCCCAGCCGGAAAGCUCGCCAACGAGAGACGAAAGGGAAGUGCUUUCUCCCUGCGGUGGCCACUGGCAAGCAGACGAAAGCGGGCCUCGCUCCUCUUCGGGUUUUUGCGCCCUUCUACCCGCGCAAACCGAGGGACCGCAUGAUGCGGACGCGCCGUCUCCUCUCGCGGAGCCCUUCGACGGCACUUCCCUCCGCAGCCUGCAUCGGCAAGUCGCUGCGAGAUUUGCGCAGCAGCAAGACAGGCAGAUGCGGCAGUUGGCCCGCCACGGCGUGUUCGUGCAGGUUUUUGGGGCAGACGAACAGGAAGAGACACCGAGAAUUCAGCAGGCGCCUUGCAACGGGAAGGGAAUUAGACAAGAAGAAAAGGCGGAAGCGCAGCGGUCACGAGAGGCGGAGAUGAACCGCGGCCCCUCGGGGCGUGGCCGCAUGCAGGCCCUUGUGGAGGGAAGAAAAAAAACCUGGGACGGCGAAGAGGGACAGAGUCUGUGGCGACCCGACGACGAACGGGUUCUGUCGCUCCACCGGAUCGUCAGCGUCUGUCCGUUUCGGAAUCGCGCGUACUUUGGACGCCGCCCGUUGGCGAUCUACGGCGGCGCAGCAGGCCUUCUUCAUUUACGCGUUCUUCAUUAA